UUUACAAUGAACAAAAUAAUAUUGACUGUGUUCCUCCAGCUGGCUAUUUUAUCGUUGUUAUUUCGAGAUGCAUUGGGUGGAACAUUUAUUUUAAAAGACAUCAGACCUUGCGAAAAUGGAGACAUCUCCCAAAUCAAAGAAGUUCGAGUGACUCCUUGUGAUAAAGAACCUUGUAAAAUACCGAAGAGAAGCUCUGUGCUAAUGGAGGUGGAUUUCAUCGCUAAUCAGAACUCCACCAAACCCAAACUUAGUAUCGAAGCAAAGAUAACUGAUGUAUAUCUGCCAUUUCCAAAUUUAAAACCAGACGGUUGUAAUGGCAAAAACCUUCAAUGCCCUUUAUUGAAAGGAAAGUCAUACACAUUUCAGUACAACUUAGAAGUUCUGCCUUACUACCCAACGAUAACUGCCCUUGCAAAAUGGAAUUUGACAGGAGACGAUGAAAAAGACAUAUUUUGCUUUUUGGCUCCAGUGAGUAUCGAACCGGCGCAAAGCUGAACAAAAAAAAAUAGAGAGAAAAGCAUUUACUAUAACAUGUUUUAACACCUAAAUACAUAGUAUAAGUAUCUGUUUUCUGCAGCUAUAAUCAAUUAUCUAAUAAACGAAAGCGUUUGAAUCAUUCACAUAUUUUCUUCCUCCAGUUUUACCCUUUUUAUGAGUACUAGCAAAAUGAUCAUAUUUAAAAUGCUGAAGGACAUUAUAAUUUAUUUUAUUUUCUACCAGGUUAAACAUUACAAAUUUUAUAUCAAAAUAUCCUUCAAUUUUAUUUCACUGUGUUUAGCAUGAAAGGGAUUUGAUGUGAAAAAAAUGAUUAAACAGAGCACGAUGUUGCUCUCUUUCCAUUUUCAAGAAAUCUGGCAGAAACUAAAUUCGUGACGACUUUAGUUCAGAUAGGUUUGACUUAUCAACGUCAAUUUUGGCGUUUUUUUACAAUGAAACAAAAAGCCCACAUAUUUAACACCAUGAACCAAGGGUAUUAUUUUAAAAUGUAACAAUAUUUUGCUACAGCCUCAUUAAAUACUGUGUGAUCAACUGUUGAA